GUCUUUAUCUAGAUGUGGACUUGUAUAAAGUCCUCUCCCUGCUGCCCAGGUGACUGAUUUGACAGCUGGAAGAGACAGUGAGUUGUGAGACCUGUUAGUAAAGGAGAGAGGGACAUUGUUGAUGAUGAUGCUGGGUCUGGGGUCUGUUGGAUUGGUUCUGUUAUCUCUGGCUGUCCAGAGUGGACAUGGAGCCCAGGACAGUGAUGUCUGGAGUACAGAGGAGACAACUGAGAGGAAUUACUACACCAGGUACCACAAUAUGUCAGAUAUUACAGCAUGGAUGGAACAGAUGAAGAGGGAGAACCCAGAUGUUGUGUCCUCCAUGGUCUACGGUCAAACCUAUGAGAGGAGGGACAUCACCUUACUGAAGAUUGGUUUGAGUUCUACUGGGAGGAAGAAGGCUAUCUGGAUGGACUGUGGGAUCCACGCCAGAGAAUGGAUCGCUCCUGCUUUCUGCCAGUACUUUGUUAGAGAGAUCUUGAGAACGUACAAAACCGACACCAAGGUGAAUGAGAUGAUGAAAAAUCUGGAUUUCUACAUCACACCAGUCCUAAACGUUGACGGCUACAUCUACUCUUGGCAUAAUGCAAGUACUCGACUGUGGAGGAAGUCCAGAUCUCCAGGAACAGGAGGCUGUACCUGCUAUGGAACAGAUCUCAAUCGCAACUUCUACGCUAACUGGGGUAUGGUUGGUGUCUCAACAGAUUGCUGCUCUCAGACCUACUGUGGCACCAAGGCUAUCUCUGAGUCGGAGGCCCGGGCCGUCACAGACAUGUUGGGGAAGAUGAGGGAAGACAUCCUGGCUUUCCUCACCAUCCACUCCUAUGGCCAGCUGCUCCUGGUCCCCUACGGACAUCCCAACAUCUCAGCACCAAACUACGAUGAGCUGAUGGAGGUGGGUCUGGGAGCAGCCAAGGCUAUAAAGGCUGUCCAUGGGAUGGACUAUACAGUAGGCACCUCACCUGAUGUGCUGUAUGCAAACUCGGGAUCGUCUCGUGACUUCGCCAGGCUGAUCGGCAUCCCGUUGUCUUUCACCUUUGAGCUGAGGGACAAGGGCGAGCACGGCUUCGAGCUCCCAGAGGACCAGAUCCAGCCCACCUGUGAGGAGGCCUACGCCGGAGCACACCACAUCAUCACCUACGCACACGACAAGGCCUUCUACAGCUCUGCUGCCACCGUCACGGCAACACUGUGGACCACACUGCUGGCAGCCUGGGUCUCUAGCGCCACCCUGCUGUAAACUGGGAGAACUGCAGGAGUCAGGCUAGGAGAUGGUGACAGUUUAUCAGUAUAUUCAGAAAUGAGACUUUGGACAAAAGUGAUAAGCUGCCAGAUAGACUAUAUUAAUAUGUUCACUCACUUAUUUUAUCAACUGUGUUUGGUUAUUUAUUUCUCUAAAAUUCUGCUGUAAAAAAUGUUAAACAAUCGUUAAUAGUGACAAAACACAAACACGUUUGUACAGUAGUAUAUUUUGAAUGAACAUUUCAGUGAUAUAAAUAUACUCAACUGCUAUGAA